UACCCUAUGCAGAACGCACAGCAGCAGAAAGACGCCUGAGGACAACUUCUAUCCAAACUAUAAUUUAAACCCUCAAGUCAAUAUGCAUCCUAACUUGGGUACCUGGCUGGGCGCAGUGACGCUCCUCGUCUGGACCUUCAUAUGCAUCGGGACCCUUGCGGAAGGCUACCCGGUCAAACCCGAAAAUCCCGGCGAAGAUGCGCCCGCGGAGGAACUGGCCAAGUAUUACUCCGCUCUCAGACAUUACAUCAACCUCAUCACAAGGCAGAGGUAUGGGAAGAGGUCCAGCCCUGACACACUGGACACACUGAUCUCAGAAUUGCUGCUGAAGGAGAGCACAGACACGCUCCCACAGUCCAGAUAUGAUGAACCAUCGUUGUGGUAAUAGUGUCUGUCCCGGCCCAACACCCGGGCUCAUCGUCGUGGCGACGAGCAACUGAUCUCACCAACAUGGCCGCCUCACCAUGGCCGAUGUCCCAUCCUAACAACCCCAAUGGGUUUCAUGAGUAUGCAUCCCCCUCUCUCCCCAUCCUCCAUCCAGAGGCCAGAUAACUGUUCAGGGUCUUAUGAAAGUCGUUAUCUGUGCAUUGUUAUUCUAAAUCAGGGGAGAGAAUUAUUGAUUGUAUGGUCAAAACUGUGCUAUUAAAUAUGAAUUAUAUAACGGAUCUACUUA